GGAUCAGGCUCCUCCUUCUAAUCCUCCAACUUAGUGCUGAUGUAGACUAAACAGAGAGAUCACAGCCUUCUUUAGACUUGCUGGAGCUCAGAGUUAUCAACACUGCAGAUAUGAUGUCUCUGUUGAUCUCAGUGUUGCUGGCUGCUGUGUGCCUUGGUAUGAACUCCACUCUGUUUCUUUGACAUCAAUCCAGCACUGACAUCAACCUGUAACAGUCAUCUAAAACUAUUUGUUGUUGUUGUUUUACAGAAUGUAUGGCACAAACAGACAACGUGCUGCAACCACAAAGAGAUGUGACUGCAACUAAAGGAGAGGCAGAGACACUAAACUGUCAAUAUAACAGCAGUUCAUCAAAUGAUUACCUCUUCUGGUACAAACAGGAUGGAAACAACAGACCCAGAUUAAUUCUAAGUCGUUUCAAGGUUGGCACAGGAAAAACAAUCAAUGAGUUUGAGGAGAGAUUUUCCUCCACACUGAAUUCCACAACAAGAUCAGUUCCUCUGAAGAUCCAAAACCUUCAUUCGUCUGACUCUGCUGUGUACUACUGUGCUCUGCAGCCCACAGUGACAGGAAACACCAAAACUCUGUACAAAAACCACUGA